GGGGGAAACUAGACUGGCAAUGUGGGUUACGGUGUUUUUCGUCAUGUGACAGCCGAGCUGAUAUCACAGUCGAGCAGCUGCUGUUAGCGGUGACGGUAGCCUACAGUCAAUUGAGCUAUACGUCUUCUAAGCUGGCAGAGCAACGUCGCCGUUUCAUGAAGUCUUAUGUGAACUAACAGCAUGGAGACCAAGCAAGAUGGUAGCGCAUCUGAGGACCGAGAAGGGUCAAGGUCGCGCGGCCGCAAACGAACUGCUCGAGAAAUCGCCAAAAUGUUCGAACAGUUGAAAGAAAGACAUAUUCUAAGAAAGCGGGAGUGGAAAACAGAGAAAGAAGAGCUACUUCGGCAGGCCGCCGUAGCGGCAGAUAGUAAAAAAAUCCUGUUGGAUUUAAAGAAAGUUCUGGAAGGAUUAAGGAUUGAAUUGAAAGAGGAAGAGCGGAAGAGAAAGGAGGGGAGUGAGAUUCACCAAGAGGAGAAAAGAGGAUGGGACGAAGAGAGGACCAACCUCUUGGAUUUAAUACAUGAACUUGAAAAAAGCAGCCAACGUAAGCCCACAAACCCACAACCAAGCAAUCCGUCUGAAGUCGAUUCUUUAAAACGGAGACUUGAAGUUAGUGAUCGUGAUUUGAACUUCAUGAAAAAAAUGAACUCAGAAAUUGAGGACGAAAACUCGAAGUUAAAAAAAGAGUUUGAAUCAGAAAGGAUAAAAUUGAUCAAAAAACACGACGACGAAGAGAAAAAAUGGUCGGCUCUAAAGCAACAACUGCUGGAGAAAAUUCAAUACCUUGAAGAAAUAAACAUGACGCCAUUCCCACUACACGGCAGCCAUGUGACGUCAUCAUGUAGCGACGAUCGACGUCAUCAGACCUCCCUCGAGACGACGAAGCCAGAAGUAAGCAUGGAAUCAAAACGAAUCCCAGCAGUGUUGACCACUGAUAAAACUGCCUCUGCAAACCUUACUACCGAGACUUGUAACUAUGAACAAUUUCACAACACUGUGGAUGCCGCGUUAAAGCAAAUUGAGAAAAUCAGCGAAGACUUAGAUAACAUUAACAUUGAACCUACCAGCCCCCGUGCUAAUGACGUCACAUCACCGGAAGUAGAGACGCGAAAUACGUCAUCAUUGUCGUCAGACCUGGUCGCACAUCCGACCAUGCCACGGCUGGCUGAUGAUAUCCCUCAGCAAGCUGCUAACUUUGUUUCGGCUCAAAAAGCUACGGAUUUCGUUGCUGAAAGGAACGAAAAGCGAAAGAGGUCGAGAUCGUUUUGUACCAGAACAAACGAAGAACCAGCAACCGUCGAACCGAUGCAGAGACGUUCCUCUUUAAGCCAUUUCAGUUCUUCCUCACUUAGCCCGACGAAAACGAACUCUCCUGAUUCUCGUGGUCGCCAAUCAAAUUCGAACCGGCAACAUUCAGUUUCUCCAGCACGCACAACUCCUACUAGCACGACAGGGUCAAACCGUUCUUUCGCCAAAGUUGAAAAACAUUAUGUAGCCGGAAGGCCGACUCAUUCGUCGGUAACAUCCUUUUCGCCCAAUCCCGCUAAAAAGCUUCCAAAUCUGCAUCAACAGUUGCUAUUUUUCGGAGGAAAGCCUGAAAGAGGCAGUAGCGUUUCACCAAGGCCCAAUUACACGCAGUCAACCAAAUCUUCGUCGCCUACUAAGUUGAAGCUUACCAAAGAGAACUCCAGUGGUACACUCGUAGGAAGCCCAGACAGUUCAAGUUCCACACAUCCAGUAGAACUUGUAUCUGUAUCUCCAGUUCGUACCACCGAUUCUGGGGUCACUACUCCUCUCAAGGUUAGAUUCAGUAGUAUUGAUGAGGAUGCUACGUCUGUUCCGCCUCCCGUUGCUCCAAAACCCGCGGUGACGAUCGAGAAAGAUGCCUCCGGAGCACUCCUCCUUGUCGUCCCGGAGGAGAGACCAAAAUCCGAAGCUAUUUUAGAAAAAUCACUGAACGUCGCAGAAGAUCGUGAUGGGAAUUUUGUAUCUUGUCAAAAUGGUUCAGCUCUUAAGACAGGGAUACCUGCGCCUGUAACAGAUAAGUCUACAAACUCGCUUGGGAAGAUGGGAAAGACUUGGUUCAAGAAACACUUAAAUUUCAGGGACGCAAAAACAGAUGAAGCAAAAAUACCGAAAGAACAAGCCAACAGUAACCCUAACCCGAAGAGCAGUAAAAAGACACGAUUGAAACACUACACGAAAAAAGAAACCAAAUCAAAGUCAAAUGUGGGGAUUAGUUCGUCGUCUGACGAAAGUGACGUCACGAGAACAAAGGGAAAGUCCCGUCGUCACAGUCGAGUGAGUAACGAAGACCGAAGAGGCUCUACAGAAAUGAAAACGGUGUUGUCUCGGUUUAAGGCGUCAAAUUUUAAUCCUAAGAAGCCAGCCGUGGUGAAACAGUUCGAAAAAAAGCUGCUGGAAAACGAAGUAAGAAUGCUAAAGGAGCCGCCCAAGAAAGUACAAGCUCCGAGCUCCGCUAAAAUGAUCCGGAAAAAAUGGAACUUGGAUACUUUCGAAGAUGGGUACAGCGGAGAAGACGAACUUGAUGAUAAAGAAGGGUUGAGUCGGGAGAAUAGUAGUGAAAGUCCAACUGCCUCUUCUUUUGUGUCGUUCCGGCGGGCGCCGCCUAACGCAUCAUUGCAAAAUUUUAGAAGCUCGAAUAAAACAAUUCGACCGAAGCCUACAUACCGACGGAGCAUGACUGACUUAUCCAUGCAUUCAGACUUUGUUUCGAGCCCAAGCAGCAACUGGACUUGUCGCUCUGACCCGAAGGCGACUUCAGCUUUUCAUAAGGUGACGCCACGAUCAAAGUCAGAUGCGUCUACGAAGAAAUCGGAAAAUUCUAUAAGUGCAACAUGGAAGCAAAAGAUACUGAAAGAAAUUCCGGAACCGACUGUUCUCGUUACGACUCUCGACCAAAACAAAUCUGCGGGUGCUAAAGCUAACUCUGCGAGCAAAGAAGAGGAAACUAAGCAGAUCAUCGAAAAGUGCAAGAAGCUGCGGCCAAAACCGAAACGUUAUUCUCGUUCCGAGACUUUACCACUAACCGCCAACCCAGCGGUUAUAAAGGACAUUGAACGAUUUUGGGCGAACAAAAAUUCGGUCCGAAACGAAGACGAUAAAGCUGAAAGAAGGAGAAGUAUGCCACCUGCAGUGAAUGAGAACUCGGAGCCAACUAUUCCAGCAUUGACCUCGCGUUUUAAGAAACCAUCGCUGAAAAACCGACGGGUUCCCUCCCGAUGGAAAAAAGAAGAAAAUUCUUAGCCGGCCGGAUACAAUCAAUUCCUAUUCUGUACUUUGAUCCUGCUGCGAUACACACAAAAUGGGAGAAGAUGGCUGUAAAUGGAAACCCUAAAGAUGAAGCUAAACAAACUUAACGGAAUGAAGAUGUCUACGAACGUGCUAUUAACGAAUCGACCAACAGUCUGCGAAUUUAAUCGAGUGCAAAUCAUAUUUUCUGCUCGCAUCUUUGUGCUAUGCAACCAAUAGCAUAAACUGAGACUGUAUCAUUGAAUAUUUAACGGGUUUGAGGCCAAUUAUGGUGUGUGAAUAAGAAAGUACGUAGGUGAACUUGUAGUUCACUGUCAGAAUGUUUGCGAAUGAAUUGUGGGUGAUUGUAUGUACGUCUAUGGUUACAAGCUGUAUGCGUUUAAUAAAUUACUUCUAG